GGGGCAUGUUGCCACCCCUAUAAUAACAUCCACCAAACCUAGUAUGUAGGUUCUUCUGGAAGGUAUUAGACGCACACCAUACAAGGGGUGGGAAUAGAAGAUUCAGAUCUUAAGUCUCAACGGCCAACGCCCCUCUAUUUAAAGGAAUGCACCGCUUUCAAUGUUCCAAUUGCUUGUAGCAUUGAAACUCCUCUCAUUUCGCGCUACCUUCUACAAUCUUUCGCGUAUUCUUACUUGCCUUCGCACAUUGUUAGUUCUCUCUGGUAUAUUCUACGGAAAUUAACUAUGAUGUUCUUGAGGUCUAUUUGAUUAUAUCAAACACCACACAGUUUAUAGGAGGCUAACUAGUUUAUAUUCAACUGCAGUAGAUGGCUGAGGAGGGUUACAGGGUUACUCUAAAUAUUUAUGACCUAAGCCAAGGACUUGCUCGUCAGCUUUCAACUACUUUCUUGGGGAAAGCCAUUGAGGGCAUAUGGCACACUGGAAUUGUGGUUUAUGGUAAUGAGUAUUACUUCGGUGCGGGCGUGCAACAUUCUCUUGCUGGAUCAACACCUUAUGGAACACCGCUUAGAGUGGUAGAAUUAGGUGUCACACAUGUCCCCAAGGAUGUGUUUGAAAUGUAUUUGCAGGAGAUUAGUCCCCGUUACACAGCCGAGACAUAUAGUUUGCUUACGCACAAUUGCAACAACUUUACCAAUGAAAUUGCCCAAUUUUUGGUUGGUUCAACCAUUCCGGAAUAUAUCCUACAACUCCCUAAUGAAGUAAUGAGCAGCCCAAUGGGUGCACUUAUAUUGCCCAUGAUACAGAAUUUGGAGGCAACGUUGAAGUCAGGUGGAGUUCCUCAGGUACCGCAAUUUAGGCCUCCAACAACUAGUCCUUUGCAACCUCCCUUGACUAACACUGCAAAGACUAGUGUUCCUAACUCGUCCACAGAUGAUGGAUCAAAAAGCGGAGAUGAUAAAUCUAAGACGACCGGAAACUCAAUGUCACCCUCUGCGAAACCAACAAGCGAGGCACAACAAAUGUCAUCUCCUAAAGGGGUUACAGGAGAUCCCCUUGGUGAUGCUCGCAGUAAGGUUCAAGAUGAGAUCGUCAAAGAGUUUGCAGCAAUUAUGGCAACUGGGACAAUGCGUGCCAGCGAGGCUGCAGCCCUUGCCACUAAAAGAGUUAUGCAAAGAUAUGGGCAAACUGUGGCGUCAUCGUGAGUGCUAGUAACUCUAUCUUUGAAGUGAGUUUCAAUUUUCCUCACUGGCAAUGUUGUUUACCUAAUUGAUCAUUGAUACCCUACUGGGUUCCAGAUUACCCUAUAUACUAAUGCUAGUAUCUAUCUCAAGAUCAGGGCAAGCAAAAUGCAUUUUGCCCCUUGGGUUUUCGUGCCUUGUCAAAGGAUUGAAUAUAUUUUGUGUUGUCAUUUAUUAAUUAAAAUUGUGACGAACAUUUUCUAACGAUUCUACUUUUCUUGGAAUGCAUUCUUUUAAAGUAGUAUUUUAA